UCGGUGUACAAUAUGCACUGAAUCAGCACUAAAAAAAAGGGCAAAGAUUGACAAAAAUACAACUGAAGGAAACAACUGGUGAAUGGGAAACAGAUGUCACAUUGUUUUAAGCUGAAAUUCACACAGAGUGUACAUAAACAUAGCCACAGGCUGUUGUGGCUUAAUGAGAAUGGCUACCGGACAUCAGUGGCAUCAAAACACAACCCUGGUCUUUAAACAGUUUAAGCAUCUGAAAAGUCUCACUUUGAAACGUCCUGUGGGUCACUGACUCGAAGCUCAUAUCAGACUAAAUAGAGAAGUUAAUGAUAGAUGUUGGGUCAUGACAAUGGGAGCCUUCAAGAAGCUUGCGGGGAAAAACGUGCGAAUGCCCCGGCCUCUGCCCGGAGGUGAUACUUCUUUGGAGCUUGCUCCACUGAACCGACUCCAAAUCUCUCGGGGAUAUCGUGACAUAGAGACAUUUUUUACACGCCGGGUCAUCCUAUUUUCAGCAGUAAUUCCCUUUCACUUCUGAAGAAUGGAAGGAAGAGGAGGAGGAGGAGGAGUAAAGCCGCGCUUUGGAUAAGCCAGACCUCACUGAGCGCGUGUGCGUCCCGCGGCAGGAGCAACAUCUUCUCGGCUCUCCCUUUCCUCACACGGUCCAAUGGCUCAUUACAAGACUUCUCUGACGUGCUGCUGCAUUUUGCUUUUUUCUCUGGUUUGCGCCGUGGGUCUGAUCUGCCUGUGCAUCGCCACGCUGGUGGAUGUGGGAUGUCCCGGCGGCUUCAGGCGCGCGGCUGUGGCCGCCGACUCCAAACUUUGCUCCGAAAUUGGCAAGAACAUCCUCCAACAAGGGGGAUCAGCAGUAGAUGGCGCCAUUGCAGCUCUCCUGUGUACAUCCGUGGUCAAUCCUCAGAGCAUGGGGAUUGGAGGAGGCUCCAUAGUGGCUGUGAGAAACAAAACAGGCAAUGUUACAAUCUACAACUUCAGAGAGACUGUGCCACAGUCAUUCAAGGCCAACCUGUUAAAUGAUUGUCCAACUAAGUUUGGACUGUCCACAGGUACGCAAAGUGUCCGGCUCCAUAUUCUCCACCUGAACAUCGUAGGCAGCCAGUGGAUUGGUGUUCCUGGAGAGCUGCGGGGCUAUGAGGCCAUCCACAAAAAGUAUGGGAGGCUGCCUUGGAACAAGCUUUUUGAGCCAACAAUUAAACUCGCAAAAGAGGGCUUCCCCAUGCCAGACUAUCUAGCAGCUUUCCUGGGGAACAUCUUUGUGAAAAACCAUGUGGAAAAAUCAUCUCUGUGGGCUGAUCUUCUACCUAUUCUUUCUUCAUUUGCUUUUGUAUAUUUAUGCAGCGACAUUCUCUGCAACAAGAACAAAACCGUCCUGGGCAAAGGGGACACGCUGAGGUUUCCUAAACUAGCAGAAACAAUGGAAAUCAUCGCCAAGCAUGGGGCAGAGGAUUUCUACUCUGGCAAGAUAGGACAGGACUUAAUCCGAGACAUUAAAGAUGCAGGUGGAACUUUGAGAAUGGAGGAUCUGAAAUCUUUUAAAGUUCGUGUGACCAACGCCUGGACAGUUUCCUUGGGAGAUGUUCAGAUGCACUUUCCUCCACCACCUGCUGGUGGCGCCCUGCUUGCCUUCAUCCUCAGGAUCAUGAAAGGGUUCUCGCUGACUUCAAACUCUCUGUUUGGUGACAAGAAGAUUCAGAUGUACCAUCAUUACAUAGAAGCUGCCAAAUUUGCUAACGGACAGAAGAGGAGCAUUUGUGAUCCAUUGUUUGACGAUACGAAGAGUGCUAACCACUUGUUGGAUCAGUCCUUCACCAACCACAUCAGGAACAUGAUUAAUUCAAACCAAACGCGUGAGGACUCUUACUACAGCAACACCAAGCAUUCCUCUGAUAACAUGGGGACCACGCACGUAUCUGUCCUGGAUGAAAAUGGGCUGGUUGUGUCUGCCACCAGCACCAUAAACCAAUUAUUCGGGGGAGCCGUGUACUCUCCGCGAACAGGCAUCAUCCUCAACAAUGAGCUGGCUGACUUUUGUGGUCGAGCAGACAAAGUCAGGGCAGGUGAACAACCUCCUUCCUCAAUGACUCCAGUAAUAAUGGACACAGAGUCUGGUGGGACCCUUGUGAUUGGUGGAUCAGGAGGAAGCAUGAUUACCACAGCCGUUGCCAUGUCCAUAAUGAAUCACCUUUGGCUGGGGAUGAGCCUGAAAGAUGCCAUUGCUGCUCCUAUUGUAUUUGUUGAUUCAAAGAACAAUGUGAAUUUUGAGAAAGGUUUUGACGAGUCUGUGAAAGAAGGCCUGAGACAAUAUGGACACAACAUUGGGAAUUGGAAGUUCUUUUUAAACGUGGUCAACGCUGUAAAAAAGGAGAAUGGAUGCAUUGAGGCUGUAUCAGACCAGAGGAAGAUGGGAAUGGCUGCUGGGUACUGACCAUGGGGAUGGCUAAACUUCCAGCAAAUUCCGUUUUCAGCCUUUGGCCUUUGAAGACAUUAGUGUGCUUCUGGGGCCCUUACAACAAACUGUGAGUGGAUCAGGGGAUGUUUCUUGUCUCAAGAUAAAUCUCUUCCACAACAAAAAAUGGCUGUGAUAUGAGUAAAAGACAUCUAAUAGAGCUAAAGUUGCAUCAGUGACCAUCACGUUUAGCUCAUUAACACCUUAAUGUUAAUUUACAUUAGUUCCAAACAUACAUUUGAAGAGCAUGAAAAUCAUAUCUUCAGUUGUAUUUAUAGAUGUGAAAUGGAAAUUCAACAAAAAAAAAGUUGGGAGAACUCACUCUUUAGACAAGUACUAUUCAAAUGUGUCGUCUUCAACCUGUGCAACAUCAUGAUGCUGUAAUAUGUAACUGGGCUCCAUCUCUCCACAAACAUGUCUAUAUUGGUGAGUGCGUUGAUUUUACCUCUUUUUUAUUAAUUGUGCCUUCUGCUGCAGAGGUAGUUACUGAUCAUUAUAAUAAGCAGAAUGAUUUUCCAUUCAUGAGGUUUGGACCAAUAAUUGCACAACUAAAAUAUGUCACUCAUUUGACUGAUUUGUGACAUCACACAGGGCUUACACCACAGGAUAAGGAAGCCGUUGGAAGUCUGGUUUACUCUGAAGCUUUUUGGACUUUAAAUGCGUCAUGAACUUGCCACUUUUGCAAUGUGUGAUUCUUAAAUACCGGGCUGUAAAUGACUGACUAGAAUAACAUCAAAGCACAUGGAACAGCACCGUUUGCUGUGUCAACUUUGGCAUCUGCCUCCAAUCAUGAGGUUGAGAACAACAUUUUUAUUUUAUUUUUAUAACUCCAAUUUUCUAGUGACAUCACAGCUAGAUAUGAAGGUUCUCCACUAAGCUUCUGGAAGAGUUCAUUUUCUAAACUAAAUCUUUUCAUGGAAAUAAUUAUUUGUAUUUCAAUGACAAUUGAUGUUUACUUUUUCAUUCAGGACAGAGGUGUGUUUUUUAUUAGAUGAGAUAUUUAACCAUUCUGUUGGCUGCCCAGACAGCGAAAACACUGUAACCUUAAAGAUUUUACUGUAUGUACCAUAUUUAGGUUCUAAUCCAUAAUCAGAACCUAGUAUGACGUAAAUAUUCAUUUGUAUUGCAACAAAAAUAUAAUUUUAUAUUUUUUGUCUUAUUGAAACAUUUUGUAGAAUUUUUACUUUUGUUUACAACUCUUCACAUUUAUUUUUUGUGUUUUCAUAAUAAAA